AUGAAUCAUGAUUUGGCUGAUGACUUUGGUUAUAUUGACAAUGUUGCUGAAUUGUGGCAUGAAUUGAGUGAAAGAUUUGGAAAAUCUAAUGGUCCAUUAAUCUAUCAAUUAAAGAAGGAAAUUGAGAAUCUCACUCAAGAAAACAUGACUAUAGUCUCAUAUUACAGUAAGCUGAAGAAACUAUGGUAUGAAAUGCAAACCUUAAGAGCUUUUCCUACUCGUACAUGUGGUGCAAUGAUUACAUGUAGUUGUCGAUUCUUGAAGAAAAUGGUUGAGUUUGAAGAAGAACAUAAAAUCAUGAAGUUCUUACUUGGAUUGAAUGGAGGUUUUGAUAGUACUGUCACCAAUGUAUUGGCCAUGGAUCCAAUGCCUAACCUGAAUAGAGUAUUUUCAAUUACUCAACAAAUAGAAAAACAGAAGGAAGUAAGUAAUGUUGUUGUUGAAUGCAAUUCUAUGAGCAAUAGUGCUAUGGCUGCACAGGCUUACAGAGGUGGCCAGGUUCAGAAAUACACUGGCAAUCAUGGAAAGAAGGAUUGGAAAGAACUAAAGAAGGAAAAAUUGAAUAGAAUUUGUACUCACUGCAAAGGGAAAGGGCAUACUGCUGAACAAUGCUUCAAGAUCAUAGGUUAUCCUGAUUGGUAUAAUGCUAUAAAGGCUUCUAAAGGGAGUAACUCAAGUGGUAGCAGAUUUGCUGCUCAUGUAAAUUCUGCUUCUGAUGUUGGUGAUGAUCCUCUGGAUAACUCAGUUGGUGAUACUAGAGUGGUGAAUAGUGCAAUGCUCAAUGCUAUCUGCCAAGAAGUCAUGAAGGUGAUACAAGGAAAACAAUUACAGAGUGGUGACACAAGUGGAGCUACUUGUUCUUAUGCAAACUAUGCAGGUACAAUUUCUCAUUCUUUCAAUUGUACUACAAAUAAACAGAUUGAUGACCAUAUGUGGAUUGUUGAUUCUGGUGCAUGUGAUCAUAUCACAUAUGAUGAGAGCAUAUUGACUAACAUAAGAGUUCUCAUUCAGCCUAUCGAAGUUGGUUUGCCUGAUGGAACUCAGAUGACUGUUGAAAAGUUGGGUGACACUGUAUUGAGUGAUAGCCUAAUCCUGAAUGAUGUGUUGCUAGUUAAAGGAUUUAGACAUAACUUGUUGUCUAUUGGUAGACUGAUUGAACAUACUGGUAUUCUAGUGACAUUUACCAGAAUUGGAUAUACUUUCCAGGACCCCUCUAGUUCCAAGCUGAUUGGUGCUGGAAAAUGGACAAAUGGCCUCUACUACUUUGUCAAAAUUCCAGGUGAUAAUGAGACCAGUCAAGGUAAUUCUCAGCAUCCAAGUUGUAAUACAGUUGAUAGUCUGAUUGAUGUACAUAUGACCAGCUUACCAAAUAAGACUGCUACUAGUGUUUCUCAACCUAAGGGUGAUUCUAGAAACAAACUGGAUUUGUUACAUGUCAGACUAGGACAUGCUUCUUUGUCCAAAAUGAAAUUUGUAAAUGCUGAAUAUUUCAAAGGGAUUAUUGAAAACAAUUGUGGUGUAUGUUAUAGUUCAAAACAUCAUAAAUUUCCUUUUCGUGUGAGUGACAGUAGAGUUGUUGCUUGUUUUGAUUUAAUUCACAUGGAUCUUUGGGGUUCAUAUAGAAUAAGAAACUUGGAUGGUGCUUCAUAUUUCUUAACUAUAGUUGAUGAUCACAGUCGAAUCACAUGUACUUAUUUGAUCCACAACAAGUUACAAGUUCAGAAGGUUAUGUCUGAAUUUAUCUCCAUGGUUGAAACACAAUUUUACAAAAGGGUUAAGAAAAUCAGGUCUGAUAAUGGGACUGAAAUAGUCAAAGAGUCUUGCAGAUAUAUGUUUGCUAGUAAAUGA